AUGGCGACCCUCGGAGGCUACCUCAACAAGAAAGUGCUCAUAGUAACAGCGGACUCGAGAAUUCUCGUGGGCACCUUGGAAGCCGCGGACCAGUCCACCAACCUCGUCCUCAGCAACGCCCAGGAGCGGGUGAUCCAGACCCCCGAGAGCGGAGAGCCCUCGGUCCAGGUCCCCCUCGGCCUCUACCUCGUCCGCGGCGACAACGUCUGCACCAUCGGCCUGGUGGACGAAGCGCUAGACGACAGCAUCAACUGGACCGAGGUCAAGGGCUCCGCCAUUGGAGGAACCAAGCACACAUAA